CUAACAACACCCCUACACCAGGGUCCUGUCCAUCAGAAACUCCUGUCCUGGGGAGUCUGGCCUGCCUGGCCUCAGGACACAGGCUAACUAAGGUGGCCCCAAAAUCCAGAAUGCAUCCAGAGGGAAGGUGGGAGAGUCCUUGGAGGUGCCUGUUGGCAGCCCUGUAAAGAGGUGGCCUCCCCCUACGGAGACCCGAGGAUCCCCGUACAGCCCUGAUUCAAUCAGCAGAGCCGAGGCUGCUCUGGCCCAGUGCACCUGCCUGCCCUGUCCAGGCCUGGGAGACAGGCUGCAUCUCACUGGCCGCCUUUGCCUGGGUGCCACCUGUGCACUGCUUGUUGCAAUUGCUAAUUGCUUUCUUUCCGAAGGGGCUUUGGUGGAUUUUUACAAUACCAGAUAGUACAGUUUUCUGUGCUGGACACAGAUGAGAAACGGUGCUUCUCGGGUGUUUGGGUCUGCAGCAGUGAUAGCCGGAGGGUCUAAUUACGCUCUUAGGAACCCUGAACUUGGUCAUCUGAACGGGGGUGAGAGGGUGCGCAAUGCUUUCUUCUUCUUUUUAAACUAGCAGGCGUUCUAAAAACGUGACGAACUUUCUUGGUUAGCCUUCCAGAGUAGGAGCUCGUUUAAACACGGAAUGAUAGGUGGCGUUUGCUUUUGUUUUGAUUGCGGGUCUCCAGCCUUCUCAGGUGCUUGGAAGGACAGAGCCUGGGCAGGGGUGGUCACUGGGGACAGUGGGGCUGGGAAUUUUGGGGGGCUGUUACAACCUUCUCCUGAAGCAGGGAUUCUCACUGCUUCCCCGUGGCCCUCCUGUCUGGCUGGGGACUUCCUUCAGAUGCCGGGAACAGGGCUCAAGCUGUAUGGGACUGGGCUGGAGUCUGGCUUCCCCUGGCUUGAGGCUGUAUUUCUAUGAUGGUGACCAAGUUCCCUAUCUUUCCUCUUGGAGGUGGUCUUGGCCGUGCUGGCCAAGCAUCUGCCAGUGGGCUACGUUCAUUGCACGUAAGUUAAGCAUGCUGGUGGCAGAGGCUGACUGUUAAGACCAGCAGCACCCGCUUUGCUGGCUGAGACUCUGGCUGUCUCUCCAAGAAAGGAAUGUUCUGGUCGCUUCUCAGAACAGGGGGCCGAAGUACCUGGGGCUCCUGGGGGUCCUGUGGGUGGGGAUCUGACUCCUGGGGCCGUGGACUGUGGGCCCAGACCCUGGGCUUGGUUCAGAUCCUGACGGCUCCCCGUUGUCUGUGGUGAUCUGGUUGCUCUGGGUGUCUGGGGAUCGGUGCACCUGUCUAAACCUGCUGAUGGAUGGGAAAGUGAGCUUGAUGGGGAGUCCCAGCGCUGAAUGGGUCUCCCAGUGAGGAGGGGUGGGUGUGGUCCGAGGUAUGUCCAGCUCUACCCGUGGCCUCUCUGGGCAUCAGGGUCCCUGGUAAUGGAGCCCAGCCUUUGUGCACUGAUCUUCCCAGCUGUUGUCACAGGCCCUGGGGAGGCGUGGAAGGCGAGGCCCAGGCAGGUGACUGUCAGAUCUGCCUCAGCCUUGCAGUGGCCCCUGCCUGCGCUUCCUCCUGCCUGGCUGGCUGUUUUCAUUCUGGCCCUUUGAGAACUUCCGGAGUCCCGGCUGCCUUCGAUGGGGGUGCUGGUCCCAUCAUCUUCCCAGCCGUGCCCUCCCGUGGAGCUCUGGAAAUCUUGAGGUUUCCCUAACCCUUCCCCCGCUUCCCUGCGGCCCCCACGGCAAGCCCACUAGCCUCUGCCUCUUAAGGGCUUCCCUGCUGUCACCUGUUUGUGUUCCUUUGUCACAGAUGUGAGUGUGUAGAGGUGUGAAGACAGGACCCGGGAUGUUGCUGAUGGCUUUGCCUGCGUGGCCUGGGGAGGGUCUCCCUCUCUGGUCCCUGCAAGCCACCUCUUUCCUAAGCCUGUGUGUCAGGUUGGGGGCAGUUCAGGGACCACUUCCAGCCUGAGUGGUCUCUGAUACUUGGAGACUGAGUUCUGAGAGCUUGGGGCAGCUUUUCCUCAGAGUCCCUGGACCCCCAAAGCCGGCCCCACAUCGAGGGAUGCUCUGAGCCCGUGCUGGAGGGUUGGAGGAGACUCUCCCCAAAUCCAGACCCUCUGCAGAACCCCCCGCCACUCUCCCAAGCAGGCCCUGUGGCGAGGCACAACUGUCCGACUGUGUCAGCCCAGUGCAGACAGGACGGCGACCCCGCCCCAUGCGGCUGCCCAGCUGCCCUCUGCAUGUGCUGUGUCCCCACCCCACCUGAGCAGCAGGCGGCCUUUCCAUGAGCACUCUGCCAGGCCUGGCCUCCGGGAGCAGAGGUCAGCUGAUACAGACCUGAGGUGCACCCGUGGGGGACCAGGGCUGGGUCCUGGCCUCACUGGGUUGGCUUGGGGGGUGCCCUGACACACUUGUUUAUGGCGGCUCACUUUUGACUUACUUGAAAGAGAACUUUACACUGAGGCCUUAAAUGGAAACCAGCACUACGUGGCACCUGGAGACAUGAUUCUGAUAAGUGGACAGGCUGCUACCCCGCAGCUAGAAGGCCCGAUUUGUGGUGGCGAGAUGAGCUCUUGCCUGCACCAGAGGAGCCUUUUUCCUGGGCAGAGUCAGGACUGAAAGAGACAAGCCCUCGAGGGGGCUGCGUACUGCUGCUGCUCUGUCACGUGCCCUGGCCGUGUGGGGCGGGGGUGCUGGUGGGACGGUCCCCAAGGUUGGAUGCAUGUUGCCUCGUGGAUGAAGGCCCGUGGUCUGGGGUGCUCCAUUUGGAACGUGUCAGGUCCACCCAUGGCUCCUGCCAGCUGCUUCUGUCUAGGAUAACCUGCCUCCGGGGAUGCUGGGGUCCCUGGGCUCAGGGGCUGGGCCUCAGCUCCAUCCCAUCCUCCCUCCCAUGCAUGUUUCACCCCUGGCUGCCCUCAGUCCCCUCGAGGACCCCUGCUUUUUCCUCUGCCCUUCCCUCACUGUGGACUUGGCCUGCAUGCCCUCCUGCCAGGGCACGGGGGCCGGUGUGUUUCCCACGCUCGUGUGCAGGAUCCGACCCCAGGCUGAUGGGGACCUGAGGCUGGUACCUGCAGCCACCCACUGUCGGCCACCCGUGGUGUGACCAGGCAGAGUGUCACCGUCGUCCCCUCUGGAGCUGCAUGUGACCUGAGCAGCAUGGUGCCCUCCAGCCCAGCGGUGGAGAAGCAGGUGCCCGUGGAACCUGGGCCUGACCCCGAGCUCCGGUCCUGGCGGCGCCUUGUGUGCUACCUUUGCUUCUACGGCUUCAUGGCGCAGAUACGGCCAGGGGAGAGCUUCAUCACGCCCUACCUCCUGGGGCCGGACAAGAACUUCACGCCGCAGGAGGUCACCAACAAGAUCACGCCGGUGCUGUCGUACUCCUACCUGGCCGUGCUGGUGCCCGUGUUCUUGCUCACCGACUACCUGCGCUACACGCCGGUGCUGCUGCUGCAGGGGCUCAGCUUCGUGUCGGUGUGGCUGCUGCUGCUGCUGGGCCGCUCGGUGGAACACAUGCAGCUCAUGGAGUUUUUCUACAGUGUCACCAUGGCCGCGCGCAUCGCCUACUCCUCCUACAUCUUCUCUCUCGUGCGGCCCGCGCGCUACCAGCGUGUGGCCGGCUACUCGCGCGCUGCCGUGCUGCUGGGUGUGUUCACCAGCUCCGUGCUGGGCCAGCUGCUGGUCACCGUGGGCCGAGUCUCCUUCUCCACGCUCAACUACAUCUCGCUGGCCUUCCUCACCUUCAGUGUGGUCCUCGCCCUCUUUCUGAAGCGCCCCAAACGCAGCCUCUUCUUCAACCGCGACGACCGCGAGCGGUGCGAAGCCUCGGCUUCGGAGCUGGAGCGCAUGAACGCCGGCCCGGGCGGGAAGCUGGGGCGCGCGCUGCGGGCGGCCUGCGGGGACUCCGUGCUGGCGCGGAUGCUGCGGGAGCUGCGGGAUAGCCUGCGGCGGCCGCAGCUCCGCCUUUGGUCCCUGUGGUGGGUCUUCAACUCGGCCGGCUACUACCUGGUGGUCUACUACGUGCACAUCCUGUGGAACGAGGUGGACCCCACCACCAACAGUGCACGAGUCUACAACGGCGCGGCCGAUGCUGCCUCUACGCUACUGGGUGCCAUCACGUCCUUCGCCGCCGGCUUCGUGAAGAUCCGCUGGGUGCGCUGGUCCAAGCUGCUCAUCGCAGGCGUCACGGCCACGCAGGCCGGGCUGGUCUUCCUUCUGGCGCGCACGAGUAGCAUCUGGCUGUGCUAUGCGGCCUUCGUGCUGUUCCGCGGCUCCUACCAGUUCCUCGUGCCCAUCGCCACCUUUCAGAUCGCAUCUUCUCUGUCUAAAGAGCUCUGUGCCCUGGUCUUCGGGGUCAACACGUUCUUUGCCACCGUUGUCAAGACCAUCAUCACCUUCAUUGUCUCGGACGCGCGGGGCCUGGGCCUCGCGGUCCGCAAGCAGUUCCAGUUAUACUGUGUGUACUUCCUGAUCCUGUCCAUCAUCUACUUCUUGGGGGCCAUGCUGGAUGGCCUGCGGCACUGCCAGCGGGGCCACCACCGGCCGCUGUCCCCGGCCCAGGACCUGAGGAGUCCCGUGGAGGAGAAGGCAGCACAGGUGCUGAGUGUACAGGACAAGGGCCUUGGAGGCCUGCAGCCAGCCCAGAGCCUGCCGCUCUCCCCAGAAGAUGGCCUGGGGACUUUGGGGCCAGCGUCCCUGGAGCAGAGACAGAGCGACCCAGCCCCAGCCCCGGCCCUGCAGGCAGCUGGAUUCCUGAGCCCAGUGACAGCCCCUUCUGCCUGCACUCCGUCCUCUGCCCAAGCCUCAGGCCCUGACGCUGCAGAUGAGACCUGUCCCCAGCCGGCUGUCCAUCCUUCUGGUGUCAGCAGGCUGGGUUUGCAGCGUCAUCCAAGUGACAGUGUUCAGAAUGUGAACCAGUGACUCUUGGGGGCCCCUGUGGUAACUUUGCAGGUGACCCUCGGUACGUCCCUGUGACCCCUGCCUCGAAGGUCACUUGCCUUAGCCACAGGGGCCUCUGCUUAUCCUGCUGGCAGGUCCCCUGGGAUUCCCCCCACCCUGUGCUGCACUCUAGCGGUGGCCACAGCCUGCUGGCGACACUCAGGGCAGCUGCCUGGCCAUGCUGUCCCUGCGCUGUGCCCCGUGGGCUUUGGUUGCUGGAAGAGGUGGGUGGUGGGCUCCUGUGUCCACCCGGCCUCACUGGCUCAUGCCCCUUGUGGGGCUUGAGACAAAUCCUCUGUGCCCCUCUGGGCUGGUGAAGUGGCCUUAGAUACCAGCUCAGGGGACACUGGCCACACAGGAGUUCUGAGCCCUCUAGGGCAGGGUGGGAGCCUAGGCCCCUGGGCAUAGCUGAGCUGUGACAUUGCUGGUCAUCCUCGGUGCUCUUGCGUUUUGGAAGAUGCUCUGCUUUUUUUUUUUCUCUUUUGAGACAGAGUCUCGCUCUGUUGCCCAGGCUGGAGUACAGUGGCGCGAUCUU